AUGUCAGAUGCUCCAGAGCUCAUGCAUCGUCAUCAUCGCUCUCGCUCUCGCGUCCUCGAGCUUCGUGUCCGUUUCGUCCGGGUAGUAGCGCAGAGGCGCAUGCGCCAUCCCGACGGCUGUUGUCGUCGCUGCUGCUGCUGCUGCAAGAUGCAUAUCAGAGUAGUAUGGGAUACGCUUCCGGCUGACAAGUAUUCCAGCGACCACUGCAGUAUGGAGUGCAUGUGUAGGCCAUGCUUCAUGUCAUCCAUCCCUGAGCAGAAGAGCUGCGAGAUGGGCAGCCUGGCAUGUCUUUACGAGAAAGUCAUUCUGACGAGCCGAAUGAGCCGCUGGAUGCGAGGAUAUGGCAAGCAUAAGUCUCGGUCCGAAGCGGACGAGGGCCGUGGCUUGGAGCUGGCUCCUCUUACCGCGUGGAAACACAGCACUACUUACCGCAUGCGGAGAGCUGUCCGUGUCCGCUGUCCGCGCCGUCCCGUCUUCGUCACCGCGCGAAACUGGGGAUGCGACAUCGCAAGAGAGGUGGUCCGCCAUGACGAGACAGAGACCGAUCCGCAGAAACUGGCCAUCAAGACCUUCAGUAGACUUCGGGAGACAAGCAAAGGAGGGACAGAGCAACAAUCUUCACAGCUCUCACAGCAGACGAGCUGGGUACAUGCCCUCUUACACCAUGCGCCGCACACCGUCCUGUCGAUUGUCCAGAGGCGCCAGUACCAGCUCGCCAGCCGCAAGUGGAGGCCGGACAUAAGACUCGGCCGCUACCAGGGGGUAACAUAUGAAUCUGUUGGCCCGGACUCUGUCUGCCUCUUUCUAUUGAAGUAG